CGGUGGAUCGAUAUUAGAUGAAGCAUAGCUGUGCCGCCAUUUUCGUUCUAGCAUUUCCACGUGCGCCCGGAUGUGGCUUCACUUUUAUUCGACAACUCAAGCAAAAUGGGAUAAAUACCACGAACUUUGGUGAAAUUUUGAACAAUUGACGCCAUGUAAGUGUGCGUACACAAGGCCACGCGGCCGAUGAGACACCUUGGGCAUUCAGCCCAUUUGAGACUCCUCUGGGCAUUGAGGUUAUGUCUAACAAACGGCCCAUGGAGACGACAGUGGGGAAAUUUUUGUAACAAGAUUUCAAACUCUGCUUUGAGGUUAUGGCGUGCAUCUGAUGGCUACUCCAGGCACAUGGUACUUCGUUGUGAAAACCAAACAAGCAAAUAUGUCGGAAUUUUAAAUGACUACCGAAUCUGUAACUGCACCUAUUUUAAAGAUUUUCAUUAUUCUUUAAUGGCUUCAACUGGAUGGCAUUUGCUCAACAGUACUGGGGUUUAAGGCGCAUCAAUUGAAUACAAAAUAAAUCUAAUUAAAUACAAAA